ACCCUAGUUUUUGUUUACACAUGGCGACUAAGUGGUGUACUUUCGCCGCUAUUCACUUUCACUGAUAUUUAAAUAUGAUGUUGGGAUAGAUAGUGAGACAAAUUUCGUGAAAUGUCUGUUCUACAGGUCUAGAAACUGAAAGAUGAGCAAAAGAAAGGUGUACCUGUCCUGGAUAAACUCCAUCCUGAGUGAGGUGGGACAGGAAGUUCUUGAAAUUUCCAACAUCCAGGAGGGGAAAGCCUUGUGUCAAGUCAUUGAUCUCCUCUGUAGAGAUACCAAACUUCUCCAAACUGCUCAGGAGGCUGAUCCCUGUGAUGCAAUACACUACCUGCAAGUUGUUGUUGAUCAUAUGACCAAGAGCAGGGUCAGAUUCACCUUCAAAGUACAAGAUAUACUUGAUGGAGACAUUAAGUCCAUGCUGGAUAUUUUAUGGUUGACCAUUCUCAAUUACGGAAUACAUACUAUAGAAAAACCUCCUCAAGAGAGAAAUGCAGGAGCAGCUAAGAGGCAACUGCUAGAGUGGUGCCAAAAGGAAUUGUCCACAGAAUUUGAUUCUCGCAACACGCUGACCCACAAUUUGUGUGCUACAGGGGAUUGGUUUAUUCAACUCUUGAAAAAAUUUGCCAACAGAGGUGAACAACCAGAGGCUAGGAACAAGGAGAAAGAAUUAGCAGCCUUGUUGGAGGUGUUAGAGAAACAGCUAGGCAUUCGUCAGGACAUCGUAAACCCAGCAGAUGUGAUUAAAAGCAAUAUAGAUGAGCACACGUUGAUGAUCUAUAUCUCCCUACUGAAAAGAAAGGUUGCAACUGAUCGAGUUGAUUAUAGACAAGACAGUUCAGAGAGGGAAAAGCAGUCAACCAAGGACAUCCCCAAAGGUGCUGUAGCAGGUUCACCUGAAAGAAGAAAAACAACAUCACCUUUGGUCAAACAUUCAUCAGUGGGCGACCUAGCAGAUGAUAAUUCUGAUUGGUUCUCCUCCUCCAAUGGUUCUGCAAAGUCCGGUGAUCCUGAUGUUACACCCGAGGGUGAGAGCCUGAUCAUCAAAACUAUUUCUGAACAAGUGUCUGAGCAUUUACCUGUUGAAGGAGACGAUGGUGAUGAUGAAGAAAGUAUAAGUGUUUUGUCAGGAUCUGUGUCUUUAACUACUGAUAAGAAAGACCAGCUACCAACAGUGAAAGUUGAAACAAGUGAAAGUGCACCACAGAAAACAUUUGAGGAGGCAGAUGAAGAAAACACUUAUUCGAAAGACAAUGACGAAAAGGAUGAAGUCUUGCAAAUAAAUGUUGAUGAAACUUUUUUGAAAGAAGAAUUUCGAGAAACAACACCAAAGAGAGAUACCAAUGUUAAAGAGCCACUUCAUAUAGUGUCUCGAACUGUGAAACGUGCCAGGACUACGGAGUCUAUUAUGGCCGAGGCCAAACAAAAGUUUGAAAUUAGAAAACAAGAAUGGCAGAAAAUGGAAGAAGCUCGGAAAUCUCUUGAACAACAAGAAGUAGAUAAUUUGUCUAUUACCUCCAGUGACUUAGACAAAUCUAGUAUGAAGGAAGGUGAUUCAAAAUCUCAAGAAGAAAUUGAAGAUAUUGGUGCUGAAGCUGGCUAUCAGGGGACAUUUGGUACAGCUCCUCCAUAUUACUAUCCAGGGAUAGGAAGAGGGAUGCCCAUUUUUAUCAUGCCUGGACAGGGAGCCACAAGUCCUGAAAUGCAGUUUUUACUUCAGGCUCUUCGCCAAGCCAGACAUGAGGCCAAUUUCCAUGAUCAGGAAACAAAUAGACCACAAGAGCAUUCUUCUAGAGGUCUUCAUAACUUGUUAGAUUUAAAUGCUGUGGAUGAUGUUGCACCAACCAUGGAACCAGAUAGUCAAAAAACUAAACAAAGAAUACCAGACACAGAAAGUAAAGUAACCUUUGCACCUAAUGCAACUCCCAUUUCCAAACCAGAAAGUAGUAGUAAUGUUUCAAGCUUACCAACAACUAAACGGGGGAUACUAGAGGUUGUGGGUGAUGGGUUUGAAAGAAGUCCUCAUUUUUUAGAAUUAUCAAAACCAAUGAGAGAUAGCAAGGCAACUAGUAGUGAAAGUGAAGGAGAUCAACGAAAAUUUCCUCGAGUUGAUAUAGUGGAACCUCUGAAAGAGAAGAUGCAGAAGGAUUUUGUCACAGGGAGGGACAGAAAAAGGGAGAGAAGAUCACCUGAAAGGCCAUCAGGAUACAGGUCACGAUCAUUAACCCCAGGGUCUGGGUUUGAGGAGGAGACAUUCCCAAAAUCUAUUCUAAAAGAUAGGUCAUCAAGCCGAUCUAAAUCUCCAAGCUUAGAAAGAACAAGUCCUGAUAGAGCAUAUCAUAGAGAGAGGCUAAGUAGAUCAGUAGAUUUCAGUCAGGAAAGGUCCCCAAGGUCUAGUUUAGAAAGAUCACCAAGAUCAAGCUUAGAUAGGUCACAGAGAUCAAGUUCAGAGAGGUCACCGAGAUCAAGUUUAGAAAGGUUGCCUAGAUCUACUCUGGAGGGAACCACAGGGAAAGGAGAUAAAUCUCCAAGAGCCAAAUCCCCUGCUGAAGGGACUCAAGUGGAAAUCAUGACAUCACCAGGCAGGCAGAGCAGGGACACCGAUCCAAACAGAAGAUUAGUGAGAGUGCUUAAUCGAGAAUUGGAACUUUUAAAACUGAAAAUGGAUGUUUUAGAAAAGUCAAAUUUAUCAGACGACACAGAAUUAGAAGAUAUUGACAAACUAACAAAACAACUCUCUGAACAAGUUCAGGACAAAAUUGCAAAAAGCCCAGAAGCAAGAUCACCCCGGGUUUCUCCUAUAAGGUCACCUCGUAGGUCCUCCAGAUCACCAGAUUUUACAAGAGGGAGGAUGUUCAGGCAGAAGAAGGAAGAGGGCUUGAGUCCAACUAGAUCAAAGUCAGAAACAAGACUUCACUCUAGUACUUCACCAGAAAGGCUUACACCUGAUUCUCACACAUCAAGAAGUCUGCAGGAUUUAUCUAUCAAUGAAGCACCCGAUGGUAACCUAACCUUUGCUCCAACUAGAAGAGGACAGCCUAUAAAUUUAGGAUAUUCUAGUCCAGUUCGGAAAGUAUCAGAAGAAAUAUGGGGAAUGGAUUCCUCAGAUAAUCUUGGGUAUGAUCCUAGGAAAAUAGAAAAAUGGAAGAAGCUAACCAACAAAUCACGCAUGUCCGACCAAGAUGUCAUAGAACUGAAACAAGCUCUUGCCACUGCCAUUACAGAAAAUGACAUUUUACAAGCUAAGCUCAAGAAUUCAAACGUCGAAAUGACAGAAAAAAUGGAAAAAACUAAUGAUGUACUAAAUGACUGUAGAGCACAUCUUUCAAGAUCCCAGGCAGAAAACAUGGAACUGAGGACACAGUUAGAAAAAGAGAAAACAAGAAACGAAAGUACAGAGGAGAGACUUAGGGAGAAUGAGAAGCAACUACAAGCAUCCAAAUCAAGCAUUGAUGACUUGGAAGCAGAACUAGAGCAAAUGAGAAACCUGUUAGCUGGCAGCUCCAAGAAAGAUAUUCCUACACUUCAAUCGGUGAUUGAAGAAAGGGAUAAUUUUAAAAACAUUAUAGCAAAUACACAGAGAGAAAACUCUGAAUUAAAAGAGGAUUUGGCUAGGGAGAAGAAACUCACUGGAAAGCAACAGAGUAUCAUUACUGAUCUGAAAAAUAUACUUGAUGAUGCCAGAAGAGAAAGAAAACAGCUGUUUUUGGAACUAUCAAAAUUUCAGAAACAUGGUCAGUUAUCAAAAGUUAGUGGAAUCAUUGGAAAAUAUAUUGAAAAUGGUCUGUAUGAUGAGGAGGAGGAAGAAGAUGAUGAAGAAGAUUUUGGAGAUUCUAUCAACGGGUAUUCUAUCAAGAGUCAGCCAAAUGGAUUUACAAAAGAUUCUUUCUGGACACCUCAAAGACGAGAAAUCCCAACGGAUAUUAAAAUGACAUCAACUCCAACAUACAGGUCCCGCUCUGAAUCAGCAGGUAGUUCUCGGAGAUUGUAUGAUGAUUCCUACACAUCUACUCUACACAAACCUAGUUCCUUCACAUCAGGUAGAUCCACUCCCGUUUCCGUUGGAAGAGAAAGUGGAUACGACGAAAUGUCUCCACCUAAUUCAGCUCGGCAUGAAAUCUACCCUCACAGGAGAACACAAUCUUAUAAAUCAAACUUUAAUUCAUCUCUUGGAGACGCAGACGAUGAUUCAGUCGAUGAUCUAGAAGUUCAAAGAUACCUCAUCAAAAGACCCGCAGGUAGAUUUGAUGAAGAUGAUGAUGAACAGGAUAAUUAUAUUCAGCGAACUCCAAAAAAAGAAAUGCGAAAGAGCCCAACUUUAAGAUCAAAAAGUCCCAAUCGAUGCAAAAGUCCUAAGGGAAGAGAUCUGGAAUACACAGAUUUAACUGACGAGAAGCCGGCAAAAAGACAAUUAAUGUAUAGUCCGUAUUUAAUGAACUCUAAUGAGGCAGUUAGACAUCAGCGAUCGUAUGUCGUGUCUCCGAGAAACUCCCGAUACGACAACACAAAGGAGACAAUCGAGUGUAUUGUGGAAUCUCCGAUUGACAAUCGUUACAAAGAAGAAUAUCAAAGAUCAAAUCCUAAGGAAUUUCAGAGUCGAAACGGCGACAAAACGUUCAUCAAGGCUCUUGAAUAUGCAGUGCAGCAGGAGAGCUGCAAUCGUUACUAUAACACAGAGGAUUAUGCUCCAUCAUACCGGUCUUCCAGCUACGGACCCACAAGGUCCUCUUACGGCUUCUCUCCACAACGAAAUAAUCCCAACAUCAGAAGCAUUCUCAAAAACGCCAAAAGCGAAACCAACCUUAGUAUUAAAGAAAGUAUCAACAGCGCUCAUCGACGUUCAUUCUAUUCUCAGUCGGCAUCUCCAACUCGAAGUCCUUCUAGGACUCCCACUAAAGAAAUAGGCUCUCAUACAUACAAACCUUUCGACGGCAGCAAGACGUGUUCAUCCCCCACCAAACCAAUUUAUUCUUCAGGGCUCAAACGAGGCGGGUCUCUCCGCACCUCCAGGGAUAUUUUUGACGACGAUGCGUCUCCAGGGAGACCCGUAACUCCUAUCCGAUAUCAACACCAGCCAUUUAGAACUCCGCCAUUGUUAUCUGAAGAUGAGAGAAGAUAUGCAGAUAUUCUUAUAGCAAAAUACACCAAGCAACAUGGCUUUGGACGUACAGUGACCAUAUAGUUAUCACUAUGUAACCAGGUCCCAUAGGUUUGUAGAUUCUAGGGAAAGCUAUGAAUCGGCUGCUGCAUUGCUUAUCAAUGUAAUUUUGCAAAUGGUGAAAUAGCUUCUUUACAAAAUGUUUUCCUUUUCUUGGAAGAUGCAAGGAACGCAUUGAAUCUGUUGUGGAAUAAUGGAAAAAAUUUGGGGAAAAGUAAGAAGAGGUUUGAAAGUUAAUCAUGCGGCCGGGGCAUACGAUACUAAAAUGAUAUGCAUAUUAAUGUAAUCGGUGAUGGAACCUUAAUUUGAAUUAAGUUUCAAUGUUUUAAUUUGUUGUGAAAGUUUGCAAAGUAACAGCUGCAAGGUGAAAGGGUUGUCAAACAGAGCUUCGUGGUUACUAAAUAAAAUUGGGUGUUCGCUGGACCAUCUUGUUAUUUCGUGGAAAAUCAUAUUUGGUCAUGCGUAGUUGCAAAUCUCCAGACCCGAAAUAUCAGAUGUAGCAAUACAAUGAUCAAAAUGGUAUUUUCUUCUGAAAUGUGGGUUGGUUCAGUGUUAACUGCGUGUUUGUUUCUGGUAAUGUUUCUUGAGAAAUGUUCUUGUUGGCAGAAGAACUAUUCGCUUUGACAUGGAGGAUAGCGUUGAUUGUGACGUAUGUAGGGCUCGGUAUAACAAACUCCGUAAGAAGCAAGCAGGAACACGACUAAAGGUAUAGGAGUUAUCGAACCUUGCUCUUCAAGAAAACUUUAACUGAAAACGGAAUGCAUGUUUGACAAUCUUUUCCAACCUUGGAAAUAUUUUUGGACAAAACUUUUUUUUUAAUAUAUGUUGCAUGCUGAAUAUUAUUAAUUAUUUGCAUGAUAAUCGUAGUAAUUGCAGUGUAUAUACUUUCUCCGUGAGUGUACUUCUAAUUCUGUUUUAAGGCAGUAUAUUUCUCUGUUUGAAUAGGUCUCCCAGUUUCAAGCUGAUGUGUGCCGCGACUGCGAGAAGAUAUGUCAAAUCUGAUCAAAGACUAUUGUCCACCUCGAGAUUAGGAUGAUCCUGUACAAAGUGUUGUUGUAGGAAGAUGUUUGUUAUCAUUGUUAAAUUAUAUACCGAGUCAUUAAUUUAUCAUAAUAUUUAUCUAAAGAUUUCAUAGUUGUUACUAUGGGGAUUCCUACAAUUUUCAGCAGAUUUUACUGACUUCAAAAUAUAUUGGCAAAUCUUAUAGUUCAGCUUAUAAAAUAUUUAAGAAUUGACUAGGACCAGUAUUUUGCUUAUGAUUUAUAGCACAAUACGCUAUUAGUAUUAUUCAGUAGAGCACUUAUCCUGUUAUUUAUACAUAUGGAGAAAAAACUGUGAUAUUAGCAAUUUAUUUAUGUAUUGUAUAUAGAUUCCGUCCUCUCAUCUUGUUCAUAUUGUGAUAUACACACGUAUGGUAACUUGCCAGGAAAUUUUUAUUAUCAUCAUAUUGUUGUGAUAGGUUAUUUAAUUUAUUUAUAUUUAACCAGGAAAAUAUUCCUGUGAAUCUAUUUAUUUGAUGUCCUUGAUGAAUUUCUUCUCCAACAAUUUGUGGGUAAUUGUAAAUUAUGAUUAUGAUCUUACAAUUUUAUGUGAUAUAAAAGGCAUAAUCCUUACUAUUUGAACAAAAUGUUAAGUGUCAGUUUUCUAAGAAGACAGCAUUGCUUCUAAGUUUAAAGAAUAUCCAAUGCUGUAGUGAUCUUUUCGCGUAUAGUGCAUGCUACAUGUAUGUAUUCAUAGAUAUAUUUAUUUUAUAUUUUAAUCCUUUGUCAUACUUCACAUAUGACAUCUCAUUGUUAUUAUAGCUCCAUUUUACAUUCCUUAUCGAUGUGUUGAUGAGCAUUGCGGUAUCACAGCAGUGUUAAAAUUUACUUUGUUAUAGUCCCUGAAUGUGGUAUUUUCUGUUUUUAAGAUACCAGUAUUAUCAGAUCAUUAUAUGUAGAACAGGUUUUGGGCUUUGUAUGGGCUAUCUGUGUUUUCUGAACUUAAAGCUUGUAGGAAACUUUGUUUUACUAUAAAUGUUGGGAAAUAUGUUGCACAAAUGUAGUAUUUAAGUGGCUAUACACAUGAUAAAUAUCAGUAUUAUGCUUCUUUAAAAAUUUCCAGUACGUAGUUUAUGCGACCGUUUUCAAUGACUCCUAACUUGCCUAUGAUAAGUAUGCAAGACUUUGUUGUUUGCACCAGUAUUUUAUCGGUAUAUAUGUUGUAGUAAAGUUAUGAGAAGAAAAAUGUGUUACUAAAGUAAAUUUAAUAAAGCUCAACAAAUAAUACAAUGUUAGACUGAGGUUUUGUAAUUUGCAUGAUGUUUGUUGGGUUUUUGAAAGUAGAGAGAAAAUGAGAAUAGCUUAUAAAAAAUAAAAGUAUUGAUAAAGUUG